AUGGAAAUACCGGCAAAACGUAGUCGAAUAGAGGUGAGGGUCACGAAUUCAAGUAUUUCAAGUAUAGUUAUUCACAUUUCAGGCUAUCUCCACAUUCCCAACAAACCCGAUUUUGACGUCCGGAAUUAUUCGUUGGAAAUUUGAGAAUUUAGCAGAAUGGGAUGGCAGUAUGAUUUAUAGUGAUGUAUUGGAAAUCGAUCAGUUCAAGUGGUAGUUUUUAAAUCUUAAUUAAUUAUUCCAACUACUCAUAAUAUUUUUGAAGGAAAAUAGGUGUGCAGAAAAAAGAAGUAUUUCGAAAAGAAGUCUGGAGAGAAGAAAAUGUUGUGUGUCUUUCAGUUCAUUUGUUUUUCAUUCCGGAUGAUAAAAAUAAUAAAUCUUGGCUUUUGAAAAUCAACGGCACUCGAAGAUUGUUGAAACAAAAUGAUACUUCAAGACAAUAUUCGAUCGAUUUCGCCCCAAAAUCAUGUUUUACUCAUGAUUUCCUGGAAAGUUAUAUUUGUCCAUUUAAAGAUUGGGAAUUCAUGCGACACGAAGGAUUUUUGAUAAAUCAUUCAAUCAUCAUCGAAAAUGAAAUGGAUAUUGCAUAUUAUGACUUCAGCGAAAAAAAUUCGGAUUUGUCAAAUAUCAAGUUAUAUUCGAGCGAUAGAACCAAGUUCUAUUUUAAUAAAGAAGUAAGUUUUCGGUAGAGUUUUCAAAUAAAAACAACUUACUUACAGAUUUUGUGCCAUUAUUCGAAAUAUUUCUAUAAUAUGUUUUACGUGGAAAAUUGUGAAAAAAAGAAAAAAGUAUUACAUGAUAUUGAGAGGACACAAUUGACACAUUUUUUGGCGACAUGCUGUCCGAUUCCUUUGGAAAUACGAGGUUUUAUCUACAAGCGGAGUUCUAAAAAUUGAAAUAAUUCAUAUUUUUCAGAAGAAAGUUACAAGUUUCUGAUGGAAAUGGCGGAAAAGUUUGAUGUUCCUUCACUUCAUUUGAAAUGCGAACAAUAUUUGAUUGAACAUGAGAAAAUGGAUAUAAUUGAUAAAUUGGUAUAUGUUGAAAAAUAUGGAUAUGAAAAAUUAUUGGUGAGUUCGCGUAUUUCAUAAAUUAUUUGAAAAAAAAUGAUUUUGAAUUCAGAAAAUAUGCGCGAACUCAUUCCGAAGUGCAGAAGAAGUGAAAAAUUUGGGGACUGUUCCAAAAUUCAAAGAAAUAUCCCAAAUUAGUCAGCUCAAGAUUUUAAAAUCUGUAUUGAAAUUUUUUCAUUUAGACUAUUAA